AUGUCUGAUCAGUCGAAAUCGAAUUUCAAAUUCGAUAUCGCGGCUCCUCCAAGCUGGUCAUACGAUCCAGGUGGUGUAAUUAUCGGGCACUUGAUGCGCUAUGCGCCCAUUAACAGCCAUCAAGCAACGGUGGAGGUGGCGCUUGUUGGUCGAGCGCUAGCCAAGCUGCAUGCGGGACCAAGCAAAGGCGAGGGGGACGACGGUAGCUCGUCCACCUCUCAAUAUACCCUUUUGCGAGGCAAGCCCGAGAUCAUAUUUCGAGGGCCAGUGCAUCUUUCCGAAAGUAGUGCGCAACCAUUAAGUUGGCCAUUUUCAGUGCGUAUCCCGACUGAGCCUGAAACAUCAGUCAGAGAGGGCCACAAGCGGGGUGCGAGCUUCUUACCACUACGUGGGGAUGACCCUUCUCAUCAUGUUCUCCCGGGAACCUUCAGCCUAGCAAAGACCAAGACAACGCGCCCUAUUACGUGCAAGGUUGAAUAUUCCCUUGAAGCUACGCUGGAGUACCAUGAUGAGGGUCGCCAGAUCUGCCGAGCGAGCUACCCAGUGACAUUUCGGCAUCCUGAAGGGAACGCCAGGAAUUUCUACGAUUUGAAAACGAUCACAGCCCGAUGCAGGGUGUCCAGCCAACGACUGCUUCCUGGCAUGGAGAAUGCUGAUCUAUCACUCAAGCAGAAGGCGUCCAAGUUCAUUGGAUCGUCUUCAGUGCCGGAGCUUCACUAUGAGCUUGAUCUUUCUCUACCGGUAGCCAUCCGGAUAGAGGAUCCCAGGCCUUUUCCGGUGAUGCUGGGCAUCACAAUGCUGCACAUGGAGACCAGUUCUUGCAUUCGAAGCGUGCCUCAAGAUAUCCAGAUUAGUUCAAUCAAGUUGACACUCAACUGCAUUACUGGAAUCCUUGUUGACCUGCAUGGAAAGGUCUCUGUUGAAGCUAUCAGGACUGGCCAGUUUCCGCCUGGAGAGCAUAUCGUUUCCCACACUCUCAAACUGAAAAGUGCUUUCCAAGAUUUGGGUUAUCCGUUGAAAAUUAAUACUGGGGCGGACGAUGCACCUGUGCCCAUCGGCGACAUUUUUAGCCUUGGCCUUCGGUCGGGAGGUCUUAUAUCUGGAAGGAAGUAUUUUGCCAAUGCCAGUUGCGUUUGCCCGGAUUUUACAACCUACAACAUUGAGCACAGACAUAGCUGGCGAUGGCAAAUUUUUUUGAAUGUUGCUGGAGAGAACCAUGAAAUCAAGAUUGAUAACCCGGUGGAGGUGCUACGAGCAGCUUCGUGA